GCGUCAGCGACAGAGACCGCAGCGCAUGCAGAUUUUUCUCUCUGUCACAGAGGAGCUGAAGGAGAGAAGGAUCGGAUCGGAUGUGAGCCGGGAGAAAGAAGAGGACAUGGGGCGUGCGGCCAUGGAUGAAAUUGUCUAGAUGUAUGGCAGCUUAUUGUGGACGCGAGGGGACAUGGAAAAAACAUCGGCACCGCGGCAGGUGUAAGCAAUUGGCAGCAGCUGAAAACUGACAAUCCUCGUUUGCUGCAUGCAGGUCUCACGCUGAGCCUUUACGACUACCAGCUGCAGGAGCGGGAGGGGGCGGUGGAACUCGGUACCUACAAGUUAGUGACUGUACUAAAAGCCAGGACAGCGACUCUAGAGUGAGGUUUCGCGUGCACUUCAUCUAAAGUGAUGAGAGCAGACAAGGAAAUCCAGGAAGAUGAUGCUGCUGCUGUUGUGAUCUGCUGCUCUGGGGCUGAUCGUUUCUGUCAUCCCACUUAACCCCUGUCGCUUUCCACGGAUGAUGGAUAGUGUAUAUGGCACCGGUAACGAAAUCAAGCCGCAAAACCCGCAGCUGGUCGAGAAAAGGCGCCUGAACCGAGCUCCAUCCCCAGCCAGACCCUUUCUGAAGGAUCUACACGUCCGCUCCUCCGCCAAGCCCCCUGCCAUUCCUCCCCGUUCGCCGAACCUUUCCAGCAAACAGCAACCUGCGGGAGUCUUGGCUACUCAAAGCCGACUGUCCCGACGUAGCACCCCGGUAGCAAAAGACAAAACGAUUCCCACAAAAAAUGUAGCUAAGUGCUCAGUAACUAAGAAGACAGCUAAAGCGACACAACACGCACCAGCGGAGUCAAAAUGCGACAGAAAGUCGGGUGAGGCCGGCCAGGGUGCUAUAAAAGGCAAAAAAGGAAAAAGGGCCACUACAGACAAGGUCCCACAGGGACAAAUUGCGAGCGGGUGCCCCCGGAUCGGCCACACAGACAGCAGCUCGGAUUUGUCGGAUUCCCCUUCCGAACCGCUGUCCGAUGAGCAGAGACUCAUUCAGGCGGCUAGCAGCGAUGCAGAGUCGGGUUCAGGAUCCAGCGAGCGGGACCAGGCUCCUUCAGCAAAUUUACCUCGUAUUACAGAAUCCCCAACGCCGGCGCCUUCUGCCACCCAGGGGGAGGGCGGCAUCGAGAAAGGGCAACUCAAAGUGGGCAAGAGCGAAGGAAGCCCCGGAGCGUAUAGCAGAGGGUCAAUACCAACGGAGCUACUCUGCGAGAUCGAAGAGCUCCGCUCAGAAAACGACUAUCUCAAGGAUGAAGUGGAUGAGCUACGAGCUGAGAUGGAGGAGAUGCGGGACAGCUAUUUGGAGGAAGAUGUUUACCAACUUCAGGAACUUCGCCGGGAAUUGGAUAGGGCCAAUAAGAACUGCCGAAUUCUGCAAUACCGCUUAAGAAAAGCAGAACAGAAAAGCAUGAAGGUUGCGCAGGGUCAAGUUGACGGAGAGCUCAUUAGAAGCUUGGAGCAAGACCUAAAGGUAGCCAAAGAUGUUUCUGUGAGGUUGCACCAUGAACUGGAGAGUGUGGAGGAGAAGCGCUCAAAAGCCGAGGAUGAAAAUGAGCUCCUGCGACAAAAGAUCAUAGAGGUUGAAAUCUCUAAGCAAGCCCUGCAGCACGAGCUGGAUAGAGUUAAAGAGAGUUCCUUGAAGAGAAGAGGAAGCAGAGAAAUGUACAAGGAAAAAAAGAUAUCUGCUCAGGAAGACAGUGCAGAUCUCAAAUGCCAGCUACAGUUUGCCAAAGAGGAAUCUGCUCUUAUGCGCAAGAAGAUGGCAAAGCUGGGUCGUGAAAAGGAUGAGCUGGAACAGGAGCUGCAAAAAUACAAAUCUGUCUAUGGGGAUGUGGAUAGCCCUUUACCAACGGAGUGUGGAGGACCACCUAGCACUAGGGAAGCAGAGCUUAAACUGCGACUCAAGUUGGUAGAGGAGGAAGCCAACAUCCUGGGAAGGAAGAUUGUGGAAUUGGAAGUGGAGAACAGGGGGCUGAAAGCUGAGAAUGAGGAUAUUAGGUGCCAGUAUGAAAAAGAUUGUCUGGGCAGGGAACACCUUUCCAGUAUGCCCACCUCUCCCUAUGGAGAUUCUCUGGAGUCUGCUGCUGAACUGAGACGCCACUUGCAAUUUGUGGAGGAAGAAGCAGAAUUACUCAGGAGGUCUAUUUCAGAAAUUGAGGACCACAAUAAGCAGCUCACCAGUGAGUUAAAUCGUUUCAAGUUUGGUUCAGGUCAGGAUGCUGGUUGGGUAGAAGAUGGAAUGGUCAAGCCAAGUGGAACCAGCACAAGCCUUUGCAUCAGCAGUGGAGGGGGCUUAUUGCAAGAAGAGCUAAAAGCUGCUCGUCUACAGAUCAAUGAGCUGAGUGGGAAGGUGAUGAAACUCCAAUAUGAAAAUCGUGUCCUGAUCUCUAAUGUGCAGCGGUACGACUUAGCAUCCCACCUGGGGACACGAACAGCCAGCCCUCGGGACAGUGAUGCUGAAAGCGAUGCUGGCCGGAAAGAGAGUGAGGAGGAUGAGACUGGUCGACUGGCACAAAUACAUCCUAAGAGGGAAGGCCCUAUAGGUGGAGAGAGUGAUUCAGAUGAUCUUUUUGAGAAAACUUCAGGCUUUGGUAGUGGAAAGCCUUCUGAUGUGAGUGACCUCAGCCCAAUUGAUUUGGCUCAGCGGAAAAAGGAAGAAACUGAGACUAUAGUCAGUGUGAAGCGUGAAGCAGAGAGACUGGGAAAGACUGUUGACCGUCUCAUUGUCGACACUGACAGUUUGAUCUAUGAUGCCAAGCUGCUUGUAACCAGUGGUGACAGGGGUGACGGGAAUCUUGCCAAGGGAAAAAGUGAGCCUCAGGUUUUGGAUGCCAUCAAUACACAAAUGAAGGCCUUUAAAGUGGAGUUGAAUCACUUCAUGGAGAAGAUGGACCACAUAGGAGAAGGGCUGAAAGAACCAGUAGAUGAUCUGUCUCCUAUGCCUAAUCUGACAGAGUCAGCCAGUUUCCUAUCCAGUGUCACAUCCAUGUCACGAGACUCUCCAAUAGGAACGAUUGGGAAGGACCUUCUCACUGACUUUCAGUCCAAACUGAGGGAUCAGACAGAAUGGGAGAUAGGCCAGGACCCAGGGAUGGAGCCAGAGACCUUGUGUGGUCAUCUGGGAUCAGACCAAAGCCGAAGAGUCGAUGGAGACAAUAAGUACUACAAGCCACAGUGUUUAAGUAUAGAGCUCAGGGAUGCACACGUUUUACCAGAGGCCAUUACUCCAGUCAGGGAGUUGCAGGCUCGGCUGGAGCAGGAGAGAAGACUUCGACAAGAGGAACAGGAAGCUUUCAAUAGCCGAAUAAUGCAGCUUGAGGAAGAAUACCGGAAAAAUUUAGUGCGGAAGGACUUUGAGGUCCAGAGUAUGAGUUUGCAGAGUAAACUGGAAGAAAAAUCAUGGAGCCAGGAGAAGACUGUGAUGCAGCAGGAGUUACGGCUUUUCCGGCAAAACACAUUUGUCUUCUACGUCAAGCUUAAGUGGCUUCUCAAGCACUGGAGGCAGGGAAAGAAGAUUGAUGAUGAUGAGGAAGAUGACCUAAUGGAGUAUGACAAGUUUGAUAGCAUGCCAGAACUGAAUCUGAUCUUGGAGCAAAGGGAAGAUGAGGAUGACCAAGAGGCAGCUGUGUACUUUCAAGAGACCUCAUCUGAUGGAGGAACUCAGGGACCACCUCUCCAGACUCCUGAGCUCAUUCAGCACCUGAAGAAGGAAGGUGAGGAUCGCAAGGUGCUACAUGCUCUGAGGGCUCUCCUGGAAGAGUUUCGAUCUGAGCUGCGAGAUGAGCAGAACAGGCGGUGUGAAUUGCAACAGAUCUUUGCCAGUGAGAAGGCUGCCUGGGAAGUUGAGUGGGCAGAAAUGAAGUGCCAUAUUGAGCAGCUGGAAGGAAAAGAACAGAAAAAGCUCGGAGAGACUGGGUCAUCCGACCUGAAGGGAGCAUUCAAACGAGAGAAAGAUGAGCACUGUCGGCUUCUGGCCGAGAGUCACGCUUCAGUAAUGGAUUUGCGUUGGAAACUGCAGCACAAUGAGAAGAACUGGAGUCGUGAAAAGGUGGAGCUCUUGGACAGGUUUAACAGAGAGAGGCAGGAUUGGGAGUGGCAAAUAAAGGAACUGCAAAAAAAGAAUGAGCAGCUUCAGAAGGAAUUGAAUCUACACAGAAGGGAAGGAUCCUUCAGUAAUCAUAAGGAGCCUGAGCUCAGACUGUUUUCACCACAGGCUAGUCCUCUUGGACACAGAUCAGCAACUGCCAGGUCAUUCUCUGACUCAGAUGAACAAUUUGAAGAGCAUCCUGGCUCAAUGAAGCUAAAAGAAAGUGACAGGUUUCAUGCCACAGAAAAUCUGUUCUUGGAUGCUUUAUCCCUUGACUCCUUAAGUGAGAGUGAAGUCCCAGCAGCCUCCAGGCUGGAAAGUGAAAAGUUCAUCUGCUUGAAUGAGGCCUUCGAUGAUAGUUCUAAUGGAAAGAAAGCAUCUACAUAUCAAGAAGAAGGAAAUCGAACAGGUGGUCUCCUAAGAGCAAAAUCAGUUUGUUCCAUGUCAGAGUUUAGGCGAUUGAUGGACAGCUCUCCAUUUCUUCCUGAAAAGAGCCUUCAUGGAGAUGGCAACAAGGAUGAAGUAACCCCUCCGCUGUCACCAGAUGAUCUCAAGUACAUUGAGGAAUUUAAUAACAAAAGCUGGGAUUUUGCUGACAGAUGCCACACUGCUCCCACAGAACAGCAAGCUCAGGCAUGGACAGAAAUCAGGAAGGGAGAACAAACUUCAGAUCCAUUCCAAACUCAAUCUUGGUACCUCACCACAAGUGUUACAAUGACAACGAACACUUUGAGUAGCCCAGAGCACUGCCAAAAGCAGCCACUUAGAAACAAUGUGGUCACAGAUAAAGUUGGAGUCCGGAUCUUUCACAGUCCCUCAAUUAUCCCUAAAUUUGAUGGCACAGUUCUUUCUGACACAGAGGGAAAUCCUGUGACAGACCCAGAUUUUUUAUUCUCUGUUUCAAAAUCAAAAGGAACAGAUUCCAGUGGUGGAUCAGAUGAAGUAUUCAGUAGGUGGCCUAAACAUCACAAGGAACUUCUCGAAGGUGGGUUGCAUACGAUAGAGCACCCAAUUUGCUCUACUGUGGGUUUUGCCUCUUCCCUGCAUGAACUAGAAUUAUCAAGGAACAUGAGUGACGAUAUGAAAGAGGUUGCUUUUUCUGUGAGGAAUGCUAUUCGCUCCAAUUCAACGGAAAGGCAGUUAAAGGACAUAGCCUGCCAAACAAAUGGUGUCAUGACCAGGGGAACGCAAACAACGCAAACCAACAGUGUUGGCCUCCAGACAGAAAGUCUGAGGAGCAUCACCAGCAGUCCCCAUAAGUGCUUAACGCCAAAAGGAGGUUCAACUCCUGUGUCAUCUCCUUCUAGAAGUGUCAGGAAAAUGCAGUUCUCCCCUGUUGUCCAGAAUAAAUUUGAACGUCCUUGUUGUUCUCCCAAGUAUGGAUCUCCAAAACUUCAACGGAAAAUUCCAGCCAAAGCUGAUUCACCUAAUAACAAUAAACCAGUUGCCCCAAACACACCUCAAAAGGGGUAUAGUGAGUCAGCUUGGGCCAGAUCAACUACUACCAGGGACAGUCCUGUGCACACCACCAUCAACGAUGGGUUAUCCAGCCUAUUUAAUAUCAUUGAUCAUACUCCUUUAGUGUUUGACCCCAUGCAAAAGUUUAACAAAUCUCCAAGUCGCUCUCAGCCUGGUGAAUCCAAGUCUGAAGAGCAAAAGGCAGCAUUUGGAACUGUUCAGGAAUUUCAAAAGAAUGGUCAGGGCAGGUCACCCAGUCCUGUUCAACUAAUUGUUGAAUCUCAUGGGGAGAAAGCCCGUGAAAUAAUUAGUAUUAGGCAAGACUUAUCUGCUCCUCCUGGCUAUACACUUUCAGAAACCACUGCAAGAGCACUAAAUAAAAAAAUCUUGGAGCAGGCAUUAAAGGAUGAAAAAAGGUUAUGCCCCUCUAGUCCGGGAAGUGUCAGUAAAGAGGGCAAAGGGUUGGAAACAGCUGAUAAAAACCAUCCAGGAUCUAUUGAGGACUUGCCUUGUUCUUCAGUAGCUCCUUCUCUGGAGUCUUGUUUCCUGAGACCAGCCAGGCCAGCAAACCGUCGUCCUCCAUCCCGGUGGGCCUCUCAUUCUCCAUCAGUUUCACCUCGGUGGUCGCCACCUUGCGCAAAGUUCCACUUCUCUGAGGAACAUGAAGUCGAAGAUCCCAGCCCCGAACACGAGCCUGAAUGAAUCCUUACAGCCUCACUUGUCAAAAACAGCUAGCAAGCAACCUGUGCCAUUAACUCACUCAAGGACUCUAGUUGUAGUACCUGUUGGAGGAGAAAGGAAUAACGAAUGUACAGUAAGAAGUGAAUGAAAAUCUCAAAUGGCCAAAAAAGGAGUCGUGUUCUCUUAACAACUGCUAAUGUGCCUGAACAAAGAAAUAACAAGAAAUUCUUGAUUGUAUUUACAAAGAGUAACUAUUUUAGUCUCCAGUUAUUUUUUUUAAAACAGCUUAUUGAUGGUCUUUUUCAGAUUUAAAAAAAUAAUAAUUACAGAAUGUUGCUGAGGGAAAGAUAGUAACAUUGUCUCUGUCGCUUACUCUCUCUCUUCUGAUUGCCUUCCUUGGCUCUCUUAAAUUACAUUUGCACUGUUUUCUUUUUUUGUAAAUAUGUUGGGUGUUUUUUCUUUUCUUUUUUUUUUUCUUUUUUUCUGAUGUCACUUUAAAAAAACUUGUUAUAGUAGAAAUAAAAUUAAUGACCAUACUUGAAAAGUGGUUGGGGAAGAAAAAUAAAAGACACAAACACUUGUUCCAUUUAAGAAAGACAGUGAUAACUUUUAUAACUGAUCCUUGAAGGGAUUAUUUAUGAGUGUUUCCAAGGAAAACAAAAGCAAACUUGCAAACACAGAAAAUGAGCACAGUGAUUUCAAACUGCAAACCGGAAAACGUGUUAAAUAGCUGUGCACAACAGUGUUCUACUUGACGUGCAUGCCAUUGGGUUCCCAGCACUUUAGUGCAUGUAUAUAAGGCUACGGUACCACAUCAUUACUUGUAGUGAAAGUCUCGGGUUACUACUGUAAUAAUGUUGUGAGGUCCAUGCUGUACUGUAAACUUAUUGUUACUUUAUUUGCAUCAACUUGAAGAAAAAAUCAUUUUUAAAUUAUUGUAACAGUUCUGUCUUUGUACAGUUAAUAUAAAGACAUAUAUUUUCUUUUUUUGUUUUGAAAACAUGAGUUUUAUGGCAAAUAGUAAAAAAUGUAAUGAAUGUUGUUAAAAUAAAAAGUCUGUGUAAGACAGUGUUCAACAAUUAAUAAAAAAAGGAAAAAUAUGUAUUUACAA